CGAGAAGACCAGCUAACCUCCCGCCGCCGCCGCCACCCGCCGAGAGACGCCGCCUCCGAACCCUCUCCAGAACACCUCGCUAACGCGCAGCACCGACGACCCCCCGACCAAAAGCGCCCGACAUGGCAUCAGGAGGCUCCUCGGGUCAGUCCGGCUUCAGGCUGGGCCGCAGCAAGAAAAACCCCGGCGUUCUGGACCAAAUCGGAAAGUUCUUCAGCGGGGACAAGAAAAGGAAGGGCAAGGGCUCAUUCCGUGGUGCUCUGUCUGCCUCCCCCCAGCGUUCCGCACACUCCUCCCCUCGUCGUAAAGGAGAACAAAACGCUGUGGUGCACUUCUUCAGGUCUAUCGUGUCCCCCGCCCCACCCAAGUCUCGGUGGCACUCUCUCACAGCUAAGCUAGGUCUGGGAGAUCAGAAACAGGCUUCCGCUAAGGGCCAGAAAGGACGGCCAGCAGACGGCCAGGGCACCCUGACCAAAAUCUUCAAAAUGUGAUGUGAAUCCUUAUCUACACCAGGAGGAAGUCGGACCGCCUCGCCAGCCAAGCGCUGAUCAUCCACUCGUUAUUUUUUUUUCUUUUUCCCCUCGUUUGAAGAUUUGAAGACCAGGAAGUGACCGGAGAAGCAGAAGAGAAGAUGGACAAGCUUAUUAUUAUUAUCAUUAUUUACACUUACACCUUUUCCUCGCUCGUUGUCCUUCGCUAACGUAAAUGUAAACGUGCUUCUUUGCGAAGCUUCUUUGUGUAAAACUUUCUCUGUGCGCUCAGAACCAGCCAGCAGGUUAAAGACCCCCUCAGUGUCCUCCCCUUUAUCCCCUUUUUUUGUCUGGGUCUACGUCAAUUUCACUGAUUUUACUGAUUUCUGCUUUAAUUCUCUUGGACCUCAGAGGAAGGCAACUUUAAAGGCUCCUCCCAAAGCGUUUGAGGCUUUGGUUAGGUCUGGGAAGCUUGUGUCGUGUGCAGCCAUAUUCGUCUUUGUUUUUUUUUUUUAUCUGUCUGCUUCUCUUUAGCCUAGCUUGGAAGCUUAGCUAACAAGGCUAGCAUGGUCUAUUUAUCCUUGCAGAGCUGUUAUUAUAUACAGAUAUUAUAUGAGCAUUAUGUGAGCAGAGGUGGAGAGAGUAACAAGCUCCAUUUUGGAAGUGUUUUUAAAUGCUAACAACGUCAACAAAUGCAGUAGAUUUAGCUCUAUUAGCAUUUAGCUCAUAAAUAGACUUCCUUUUCUGGGUUUUUUGGAAUUGUUGAUACUUUUGUGUUACUUCAGGCUCUGAACUGCUUUACUGUAGCUUGUAGCAACUUUCAUUCUGAAACCACAUUGUUUAUUUUCACACACAUACAAAAAUAGAGGCUAACACACUUCAGAGGCUAACAAAAACAGGCUAACAGAAGCUAGACUGACUCAGACGCUCCACUGCAGGUCUAGAACAAUGUUUCUUUCUGGCUUUUGUCAUUAUUUCUUUAGAAAAACUCUACUUUAACAAAAAAAAAUGGGUUCAUUGUUACUCUACACACCUCUGAUAUUAAGCUAGUAAGCAUAAUCUUAUUCAGGAGCUCAUCACUGCCCGUGUCUAGCUAUAGCCACUAAUAUAUAUGUUAAUUCCGUCUCUCCCUAGUCUUAUCUAAAAUUGCUCUUCCCAAAUAUUUUAAACGGACUACUGCUGGCUGGGAACUUUACCGCCUAAAAAAAAAAUCCUCCAACUACCCAAAAAAAUAA